AUGGACAAAGGCCGGGGCUCCGCUCCAGACUACGCGAUAUGGAUGGACGCGGCAGAGGAGCAGGCCCUUCGCGAGGCGCUGCACGUUGCCCAAGCGGCGCAGGCCGAGGUGGACCAGCAGCGCGGCGGGGGUGGCCGGCUGCUGCGAGACGCGAGGAAGCUCCAUCAGGUGUAUGGCCAGCUGGCGCGGCUGGGCUUCGGAAAGGAGGAUAUCGAGCAGUGCCUGCCGCACAUGCGCUCCGACUCAUCCCUCAAUGACGCUCUCGACUGGGCCUGCCUGCACCUUCCAGAGGCCUCGCUCCCCCCGUCCUUUCGCAUGGCGACGCCCGAUGCCGAAGACGGCGACAAGGAGCUGGACAAAAGCUCGCUGCUCAAGAAGAUCGUGUCGGCACCCGCAGUGGCCAAGCCAGAGGGCCGCUUUCUCGAGGCAAAGAAGCGCGCCGCCGCCUUUGCAAAGAAAGCAGCGGGCGGCGCGGCGUUGGUGCGGUUGGUGCCCAAGUUCGAAACCCGCGUCGCAAAGCGCCGCUCGGCGGUAGAGGCAGAGGCGAAGCGCGCGGUGCGCCGCAAGAGCUGGCGGGCAGAGCGGCAGCAGGCAAAACGGGCCCCAACGAGCACAAACCCAUCCGCCGAGGAGGAGUUUGCCGUCGAUUUUGGCGACGGCAGCAGCCAGGACGGCGGAGCCCGGGAUCGCACUCCCCCACCAGGGGCGCGCGGCGAGCAAGCGCUAGCCUCGUGGCUCAGCGAGGAAUGCGGUAUCGGGGCGCCCGAGGCGACCGCGUUUGCAGCAGCGCUGGCCGCUGACGGCCGCACGAGAAGCAAGCGCCAUUUGACGGGGCGAGCGCUAGCCUCACUCGCUGCUUCUGUCCCAAUAGGCUACGAUUCGACGCUCGCGCUCUGCGAGAUCGAGGAGACGGAUUGGCCAGACAUGGUCCCGGCGCACCACCGGGACAUCAUCAAAGCCAGUGCAGUCGCGGCGGGCGGCAUAGGCGGCGGGGGGCCCGGUCAGGCGGGCGAGGCAGAGGUGGAGGUUGCGAAGCGAACGGCUGCAGAGCGGGGAGCGGCUGAGCGCGUACAGCGAGGGGCUGCCGAUCGAGAGGCGGGAUCGGAGAGCAACUCUGCUCCCGCAGUUGCGAGCGGCGGGGCAAGUGGGGGAGGGGGCAAGAGCAAGAAGCGCUCGGGUGGGAGCGGGAAGAAGAAGGGCGGCGGCGGUGGCGGCGGCAACGCAGCGGCUCAGCGCGCCGCAAUGCUCGCGAAGUAUCAAACCACUUCGGUUGCAAAACCUGUGGUUGAGAAGGCGGCAGAGAGGGAGGUGUCGGCAGACGUCCCCGAGGCAGCAGCUACAGCAGCGAGCCCAGGCCCACCGCCGCCAUCGGCGACGGAUGCUGCUGCAGGGGUCGACGGCGUGAGCUGCGCGGACGAUGACGUGGCGAAUGGCGGCACCGGAAGGUACGACUUGUCUCGCUGGUCAGGGAAGACGCCAAAGACGAUGUUGCUCGAGUGGUUCCAGAAGAUGCAGGCACCGCGACCAAAGAUCGAGCUCGAGUCGGUUGGGCGCCGCUACCGCGCCUACGUCGUCGUGGUCGGGGACACGAAGCUGGAGCUCCCCGGCGACGAGGUGUUCGACAAGCGCGAGCAGGCCGAGCAGGCGGCAGCAACCGCCGCUCUUUACCAUCUCUUUGGCACCGGCAAGGAGAAGCAGCCGCUCUACCGCAUGUUGCCCCCUGCGUACCGCACCCUCUGGCUCGGCUGGGUCUCCAACCAGCAGACUGCCGCGGCGCAGCUCGAGGCAGACUCGGCCGCGGCCGCGCUCAUCGAGCGGGAGCGAUUCGUCGACCGGCUCGAGGAGGAGGCUGAGGCGGCGGAGCGGCAAGAGCGGCGCGAGGCGCGCGAGGUUGAGACGGGCUCGCGGCUGCAAGCCGCUCACGCGCGGUGGGUCGAAGCGGCGGCUGGCUGCGCCUCAGCCGCGCAACGCGCUUCGCUCCCAAUCAGCAAGCUGGCGGAGCAGCUGUCUACGGCGAUGGCAUCGACGCAGGUCGCGGUCUUGUGCGGAGAGACGGGCUCCGGAAAGUCGACUCAGGUGCCGCAGAUGCUGCUCGAGGAGGCGCUCGCUUCCGGCGCUGGCGGGACCACCUCGAUCCUGUGCACGCAGCCUCGUCGGAUCGCCGCCACCUCUCUCGCUCGCCGCGUCGCGUCUGAGCGUGGCGAGCAGGUCGGCGGCCGCGGGUCACUGGUCGGGUACCAGGUGCGUCUCGAGUCGAAGCGGACGGAGUCGACUCGGCUGCUCUACUGCACCACGGGCAUCGCAUUGCGGAUGAUGUUGUGCGAGAAGCCGCUCGAGGGCAUCUCGCACGUAGUGGUGGACGAGGUGCACGAGCGGGACACGCAGACCGAUCUGCUCCUCCUCCUCCUUCGCGAGCUGCUUCCGCUGCGUCCCGACCUGCGGGUGGUGUGCAUGUCGGCGACGGUGCAGGCGGAGCUCUUCUCGAGCUACUUUGGUGGCUGCCCGGUGCUCACGGCGCAGGGUCGCUCGUAUCCCGUCACCGACACUUUCCUCGAGGACAUACUCGCCACCACAGGACACGUGUUGCCGCCCGACUCGCCGUGCCGCGUCUCGGAUCACGGCACGUGGAACAAGGCGACCUUCAACCUGCACCGCGGCGGACAGGCGUCGACGCAGGAGUGGAAGGAGGCGGGCGCCGCCACGAACCCCGACUACGACGAGGGUCGAUACGCAGCGUAUCCGCCAGGGGUACAUGCUGUCUUGUCGCAGCUCAACGAGAGCGCCAUCAACCACGAUCUCAUUAUGGAGCUCGUGGAUUACAUCGACCUCAACCUUGGCGACGGAGCCGUCCUGGUGUUCCUGCCCGGUUUCGCCGACAUCUCCACGCUCUACAACACGAUGAGCUCCUCGCGCCGGUUUGGUGACCGCGCCGCCUUUCGCGUGCUGCCACUCCACUCGUCGCUCUCGCCCGCCGAGCAGUCUGCAGUCUUCGACGUGAUGCCGACGGGCGUGCGCAAGGUGGUGCUGGCGACCAACAUCGCCGAAACGUCCAUCACCAUCGACGACGCCGUCUUUGUGAUUGACUCCGGCCGCGCGAAGUCGGCUAUGUUUGACGAGCGGAAGCAGAUGCGGCGGCUGGUCGACGUGUGGAUCUCGCAGGCGGAGGCGCGGCAGCGCGCCGGCCGUGCCGGUCGCGUGCGUGCCGGGCACGCCUUCAAGCUGUACACGCGGCAGCGGUACACCCAGUCCAUGCUGCCAGCACGGGUGCCCGAGAUGUUGCGCGGGCCACUGCAGGAGCUCUGCUUGCAGCUCCGGCUCGCGCCGCUGCUCGAGAGCUACGAGUUGCGCGCCGCGUUUGCGCGCGCGCUCGACCCGCCGAAGGCGGCCACGGUGGAGGCCGCUAUCAUCGCGCUCCAGCGCUCCAAUGCGCUCGACGCUGACGAAGCCCUCACGCCGCUCGGCCGCCACCUUGCUGCCUUGCCUGUCGAGAUCUGCAUCGGCCGCCUCAUGCUCUACGGCGCGCUCUUCAGCUGCGCGGACCCGAUCCUCCUGAUCGCCGCGGCGCUGUCGGACCGGUCCCCCUUCUUGCAGCCGCUGGCAAGGCGCGACGAGGCGAAGGCGGCGCAGGUUUGCUUUAACCGCGACGAGUCGGACCAUUUGGCGGCAGUGGAUGCGUACCAAAAGUGGAUGCACGUGAAGCGCACCGAGGGGAACGGCGGCGCCAAGCGGUUCUGCGACCGCCACUUCCUCGCUGAGCGCGCCCUGGUCGGCAUGGGCGAGGCUGCCGACCAGUUUUGGGGCAACCUCGCCGACCUCGGACUGCUGCCCGAACUGCGACGGCUUGGGGAGGCGGACAAGCAGGCGGCACGCCGCUCCGCCAACCGGCACGCCGACUCGCCGCUGCUGCUCAAGGCGGUCCUCGCGGCCGGCCUCUUCCCGAACGUGCUGCUCGUCUCGCCGGGCCGCGCGAGGCCGAGCUUAUCGCAGCAAAAGCAGUCCGUGUCGAUCCACCCCUCUUCGUUCAACCACAUGGCGAGCUCCUUCACUACCUCGUACCUCGUUUUCCACGAGAAGGUCAAGACCUCGAAGAUUGUCGUCCACGACGUCACGGCCGUCACCGCACUCGACCUCCUACUGCUCGGCGGCGAAAUCAAGGUGCUCCACGCGCAGCACCGCGUGGUCAUCGACAACUGGAUCGAUCUCACCAUCUCGCCGCGCGUCGCCGUCUUGUUCAAGGCGUUGCGGCACCAGAUGAUGUCCCUUAUGCGGCGGCGCAUCGCGGACGCCGGUGGGGCGCGUGACGGGGGACACGCCCCACAGGCUGCGGUGUUGGAGGCAGUGGUCGAGAUGGUGAAGCGCGGGACCGUGGCUGCCGAGAUCAACCCGGAGGCGAUCAAGGAGCGGGCCAUCGCCGCGAGGGAACGGGAGCAGCAGGCCAAGCCUUCGGGAAGAGGCGGUGGCAACACAAAGCCAGAACUCGGCAAGGGCAAGGGAGGAGGGCGCGGCGGGCGGAGGCAGCUGGGUUCACUCGUCUACACGUAG